GGUGAGCACAAAGCGAACUAUUCUUUCGCCUUUUACUAAAGAAUACCGUGUGCUCUCCACGCUAAGUGGCAUACGCCUAUUUUUGGAGGGCUCUCACUUCACUAUGGAGAGCUCAGUAUCAGUUUGCAGUUUCCCGUCUGCUGCUUUGAAAUGGCAUCCAGAUAAACACCAAGGGCUUUUUCAGGAAAAGGUUGCAUUUAUAUUAUGAUGAUCAUUUGCAGAAACUUAUAGUGGUGGAAAUUCAGAUGCAUAUAAAUUACUCUGUUCUUCACUCUUUUGACGUUUUUACUGACCAAAUUCAUGCCAAGACCAUUCAAAAGAUUGGUUCUGAAUAUUUUAGAGACUGUCCACUGGUUCGUUUUUGUUGGCGAUUAAACUUGAGGUUAUGGAUAGUAUCGAAUGUCAUAAAGUUGAGAAGAGGUUUGUGGUAUGUUUAUGGAUAGUAUCGAAUGAAUAGAGUCAGAAGAGAAUAUAUUCGGAUUGGGUCCCGGAUUCACUCGGUUCACCCAUUUAGAGUCAUUAGGGGACACACCAAGUUUUUGCAAAUCAUAGCUGCACAAACUUUUAAGCAGAAAGAGAGGGAGAUGGGUGUAUCGAAGGAGCAAGUCGAAGCUUCAUUGACUUCAAAACUCAAUCCUGUUCAUCUGGAAGUCAUCGACACAUCUGGAGGCUGCGGGGCGAGUUUUGUUGUUGAGAUUGUCUCGGAACAGUUUGAAGAGAAGAGAUUGCUCGAGAGGCACCGCAUUAUAAACGCUGCUCUUGAAGAAGAGAUGAAAGAAAUCCAUGCCCUCUCUAUAAAAAAGGCUCAAACUCCACAACAAUGGAAGCCAAUAUCACAACUCUCUGAAACAAUUCCAACCACAGAGGCUUGAAGAGAAAAGAACAAGAGAGAUCUUAGCUGUUGUAUUAAUCUCGCACCCUUACUAAGAUACAAAAAGCUGUAUUUAAAACUUUGACCUGUUCCAAGGUAAGCUAAUAAGCUUGUACUUUAAUAAUCAUGGAAACUACUUAUGAAUUCCAACACAAAUACUAAGCU